AUGACUACCCUGCACUACCUCCCUCCCGUGAAGCCCUCCGCCAUCGCGCUGGGUACGUUCUUCACCCACACUGCCUCCCUGGGCAUCCUCGCCCCGGUCUUCGGUGACACCUACCACCGCGCCCAGGCCGCCAACUCGAAGGAGGAGUUCAUCAAGUCCAAGGAGGCCGCCGGCGCCGCGGCCGCAUGGGGUAGCUCCCUCAUCGGCAGCGCCGUGCAGACCUACGGUGUUGCCGCUCUGAUCAACGCCACUGGCACCCUCAGCUACAAGGGAGCCGCUUACCUUGGUACAUUGAUCUUCUUCGCCAGCUCCGCUCCAGGUUUCGUCAGCCAAAUCUUCGCAGAGAAGAGGCCUCUGGAUACCGUUGCGGUUGGAGCCGUGUCUCGCGUGUUCGAGACUGUUGGUCUGAGCUUGUUCCUCACCUGGUGGGGAACCCGCACCAACCCCUUCGAUUAG